GGCCGCCAGUAGUAUCGCGCGGAGGGCGCGGGGCUGGCCGCGGUCGGUCCGCCAUGUUAGGAUCGUCGGGCCGGCUGGCGGGGCUGGGCUCGCCGCCCCCGGAGCGCGGCAUGGAGCCGCAGGUGAGCCUCCGCCUCACCUACCGCGGGGAGACCCAGACCUUCCUGGUGUCGGACUCGGCGCACACGACGUGGGCGGAUGUGGAGGCCAUGGUUAAAGUUUCGUUUGACCUGGAUAACAUUCAGAUCAAAUACAUUGAUGAGGAUAAUGAUGAGGUCUCUGUGAAUAGCAAAGAGGAAUAUGAAGAAGCUCUGAAGAUUGCAGUUAAACAAGGAAGUCAACUUCAGAUGAAUGUGUAUGAAGAAAACUCUUUGAAAGAAACUUCACGUUCUUGUUUUUUGCAACUACAUGAAAAAACUGAGAGAGAAAAGUUGGCACCUCUUAAAGAUGAGAAGAAACCUCUCUCGCACUCUUCCAUGCCAGCUCAGGGCUUAGAAGAAGACUUUAAAAAUGAAAAGGAGCUGACAAAUCAGCAAAAGGUAAAUCACACUAGAACAGGAAGAAUGAAUGAAAAUCCUCCAGGAUGGUUUACUAGCUACUUGGAAACAUUCAGGGAACAAGUAGUUAAGGAAACUGUUGAGAAACUGGAACAGAAGCUGUAUGAGAAGCUUGCUCAUCACAACCAGCCUCCAGAUUCUUCUGAGACCUCUAUUACAGCAGCACCUCCAACUUCAGAGAACCAGUCAGGGAAUGGCAACCAGUGUGACUGGCUGAUCUCCUGCUGCAACUGCCAGGCCAGAAUUGUUGGAGUUCGCUACCAGUGCAGCCUUUGUCCAGCCUACAAUAUCUGUGAACAGUGUGAAGCAGGAACGUAUGCACACGAUCCUAAUCAUGUCUUGCUAAAGCUGCGAAGACCUGUGCUAUGUAUUGCUGAGAAUUACAGCCUUGCAGAGUUUUCACCUCGCCUGCCUGCUACUCUGGAGCAAGUUAGGCUCCAGAAACAGAUGGACAAAAGAUUUCUGAAGGCAGAAAAGCAAAGAUUACGAGCAGAGAAGAAACAGCGAAAGGCAGAGGUCCGAGAGCUCAAAAAGCAGCUAAAAUUGCACAGGAAAAUUCAUCUGUGGAACUCUGUCCAUGUAUUGGAAACUAGUGGCUCACCUACUCUGAAAUCUGGGAGUCUCCAACCUAAUACCUUCCUGAGUCCUAGUCAACCUUUCCAAGCAAUUGUCCCAACACUGAGUGCGGUAUUUGUGGAUGAGAAUUUGCCAGAUGGGACUCACUUGCAACCAGGAACAAAGUUUAUCAAACACUGGCGAAUGAAGAAUACUGGCAAUGUGGAAUGGAGCUCAGACACAAAGCUGAAGCUUAUGUGGGGAAAUCUGACCUUGGCAUCUUCUGAAAAAAAAGAUGUGUUAGUGCCAUCCCUUGCAUCAGGACAAGUAGGAACUGUUUCGGUUGAGUUUGUAGCUCCUAAUAUAGAAGGAACUUACACUUCUCACUGGAGACUGUCACACAGAGGGGAGCAGUUCGGGCCCAGGAUCUGGUGCAGUAUUGUUGUGGAUCCCUCCCCAGCUACUGACUUUGUAGAAGGCAAUUGGAAAGAUUCUGACUCCUGUCAGAAGGACAAAGCUUCCAGCCCCAAACAGGACACUUCCUUAAAGACAGAAGCAGGUGUUCAACUGAUGGGUGAAAUCGUGGAGCAGGCUGAAAUACCUCUGCCAGCUAUUCCUUUAAAGAUCAAAAGUCUGCCAAGUGAGAGAGAAUUUUACAUCCCAUCUGUUGAUCUCCUCACUGCACAGGAUUUGCUGUCCUUUGAGCUGUUGGAUAUUAAUAUAGUGCAGGAAUUGGAGCGAGUGCCCCACAAUACUCCCGUCGACAUGACUCCGUGCAUGUCCCCUUUGCCACAUGAUAGCCCCUUGCUGGAGAAACCUGGCUUAGGUCAGAUAGAGGAGGAGAAUGAGGGCAGUGGAUUUAAACCAGUGCCUGGAGUGACAGAAACCUGCUUUCCUGCAGAUACUUGCAUAGUGAAAGUGAAGGCUGAACAUCCAUUGAACCAGGAGGAAGGGGAAGAAGAUAUGAGUGGGACUCAGUUUGUCUGUGAAACUGUAAUUCGUUCUCUAACCCUGGAUGCUGCACCUGACCAUAGGCCGCCACAAAAAAAGAACAUCCUCCAGAAUUCUCUGCAAACAUUGCAAGACACCUUCAGCUGCAAUGUAAUAAAUGAAGAAUCUCCUAGGAUAAAAACUAAUUCCACUCCUAAAAAGGAAGCAAAGAUUCAUCAGUCUGAGGCGAUGACAGAAAAUGGCUGUGGGGACCUUCCACUGUCUGAUGAGAGAGCAAGCCCCUGUAGUGAUACUGGCAAUUCUGAUGAAGACGAUGAUAAAGAUGACGUUCAAAGUCAAGGCUCCUCUGCUUCAUCAGAGGAUUAUAUCAUUAUUCUUCCCGAGUGCUUUGACACCAGUCGUCCUUUAGGGGAGUCUAUGUAUAGUUCGGCUCUUUCUCAGCCCAGUUUCGAAAAGACAGGAGAACCUGAAACGGGAGCAGAGAAUCCAGAAGGGGGAAGCCAGCCACAGAUCUGCAGUGUCAGUGAUAUUUUGACAACUUCACAAACACUGGCUGUAGUGCCACUAGCCCCAGAGAUCGUGGACGCCUUACCCCAGACACAAAGGAAUUUUGUAUCUCCUAAGAAUCAUAUCUUCCAAGAACCAAACGUAUCUGCAGAGAAUCUCUCUUCCACUCAUCAUGAUCAAAUAAGAGAAGAACCCAGUGGUGAAGACAGUCAUGGACCAGGAUCUUCUGGAUUUCUAGCUAGUAAACAGAAGUGCUCAGAAUACCCAAGAUACCCUCAGGGAAGCAGCAUUGCCGGAGAACUAGUUAAAGGAGCUUUGUCAGUUGCUGCUUCUGCCUACAAAGCAUUAUUUGCUGGACCACCUAUCAUAGAACAGCAGCCUGCAGCUACAGAAGAGCACACUGCCACUCUUCUAUCCAGUCUGUGUGAGAUGGGGUUCUGUGACAGGCAGUUAAACCUGCGACUGCUGAAGAAACACAACAAUAAUAUGGUUCAGGUGGUAACCGAAUUGCUUCAGAUCAGUAACAGUGACUGGAACAGCAGUAGAUGCUGAACCUUCCUGGUGGAGGGAGGAGUCGUCUGCAUUGAGUAAACUGUCAUUAAACACUGCAGCAGUAGCAAGCUGCUCCUCAGCUGCUUUCUGUUCGGAGGUGUGACUAAAACUUUGGCGUUUCUUUGAGCUUUUGACUUUUUUUCUCAUGGAAAUGUCAAACAGUGCUUGUCACAGCAUCUUAUGAAUUGGAGACCAGAAUUUCAACUGUUGUUUGGACCUCAUAGUUAAAUGAGUAGUCUUUAAGUCUCUAAUUUCAUACUGAAUCCUUCUAUCAGGGAAUCCUGUAGAGUUACUUCCUCCUGAUAAGAACUUCCCCUUUUUUGUGGAAGAUUUUUUUUUUGGCAGCUGGAAAGUUGUUUUCUUGACUUUUAACAAGCUUUUGAAUGGGAACCAAUGUAAAAUGCUGCCUUAAAACUUAGUCUUGCCCACAACUAGCAAGUUGUUUCUUCUGAUAUGGUUUAGAAAUUGAUUUGUCCAAUGCAUGAUAGUAAUGCAGCAGACUUAAACCUUACAAGCGAUUCUUAGAAGAAAAAGGUUGCUCAUAUCUUGAACCAUCAAACAACUUUCCAAAAGUCUGAAAGCGUAACCGCUGUUAGACUGAUAAAUACCAGGUCUUUGUUUCUUGUCGCAGAAUGAAGCAGGACACUGAAUUUACCAGCAGCAACUGAACCAUCUCUGGUAAUGAUAGUGCAAAACAUAACUAACAGGAAAGUACAGCCUACAUGAAAUAUUUUGUUAAAAGCGGAGUGUAAGGCUCUUCGUAAAAAUGUUAAAAUUUUGACCACUAUCUCUUUUCAGUAUAGUGCAAACUUCUUAUUCUGUUAAUACCACAUAGAAGAAUUGAAGAACGUGUAGAAACCUAGACUUGAAUCAGAGUACCAAUUCUGGUGAAGUUAAGGAAUGGCAAAAGUGCUUGAGGUAGGGAUAUGUGACUUACAGUUUGAAAAAUACGCUAACUUAAGCAGUUUUAAGCGUACAGUCUCCUGUGAUGGUUCUAGCUGCUCCUGUGUUUCCAUAGACACAUUUAUACAAUUUGUUUUUUCUCAUAAGAUUUUUGCUUUAGAUGCCCAUAUUUGACUUGGAAAUCUAAGAAUUCCCUUCUAAAUGUGCUGAGAGAGAUUCAAUUUUGAAGAAUCACAAGAAAUGAGCAACAUACACUGCUGUGCAGUGGUGUACCAGUAGAUAACUUUUCAGAGUCCAGUCCUCUGAAGGUGACAGCAGUGUUCGCUACGUUCUGAUUUCCAAGCAAACCAUUUUCCUUGCUGCAAUAAGAUACCGUUGAUCCUAAAGUACUUUUACUGCUGCUUCAAACUAAGGUGUUCCUGUUUUGUCACCAUGUAGCUGAAGCAGUAUCCAUAUUGUGACUGACCAGGUGAUCAGUAGUAAUUUUUUUAAGACAUAAUACCCUUAGAGAUAAGAUACCAUUAAAAUAAUUGAAGAAAAAAUGUAUCAUACCAUUUCUGUGUUAAACCUAUUUUUAUAGAUUGAGGAAGAGAUACUCUUAAAUGUUUAUUUUGAAAUACAGUAGAACUAUUUUGCAGUGUUUUCCCAUCUCUCUGUACACCAGUACAGCUGUCUGCUGUGGACCAGAUAGAGGUCUUUCUGCAAUGUGAAACUACUGCUUACCCCCUCCUGGCCUUGACUUAGGCAUGCUGUUUGGAGAACCUUUUGGCUUAUGCCUGCUCCGGCCUGAGGCGGGCGGAGGAAAGGCCAUGGACGAAGUGCAGUAGCUGGUGAAAUCUCUAAGCAUAGUGUGGGGGUCAGCUUUGACCGGGAAAGCCCAGCAGGACCCCUGUUCUGUCUGUGUGUACCUUCGUACCUAGAAUGCUCAUGUGUUCUAUCAAUUAACAAAACACUAACAUGUUUGAGGAGGAACACUUCAUUGCAGAUUAAAAUGUGAAGUGUGAAAGGCUGUUUAGGCUACUUUUUACUAGGGUUUAGAUAGUAUAUGCUCAGGCUUCAGAUAUAUUUCUGUUGGCUUUGUAUAUUUUGUUAAUGGAUGCAUGGUAUAAUUUAUAAUAUAUUCUGUAGUGCAAGUAUGACCUCUGUAUCUGAUGUAGAGUGAGCACUUUAAAGUCAACUGUGAUGGGGGGGCGGGGAGGACCACCCUUUCCUCCGUCCUCACAAUAAAACUCUUUAUCCC